UUUCAUCGAACAUGGCGCGGUAAUUUUUUAACUAAACUAUAAACGCUACUGCCCUUUUUGCAAGGUUAUCGCGACUUCCAAGCUACCAUUUUAUCAACCCUUUAAUGUGUAAAGCAUAAAGGAACACGAAUUAUACUCUCUCCUCAUGUCAAGGAUGGAUUUUUCAGAAAUCCACGAAGAUGAACUGGGGAGUUUGGGAGUUGACUUUGAACAUGGAAGACGAGGUCCAAGACCACCUUUCCGACACCCUGGACCUCACCCUUUUCCCCCAUUUGGCCCAGGUGGACCUCAUGGACCUCGCAUGCCCCCGGGAGGUCACAUGCCAAGACCACCAGGUCCUAUGAUGAUGGGACAUCCAGGUCCACACCCACGUGGACCCAUGGGGCCAAUGAUGCGUGGCCACAUGCCAGGUCCUCAUGGUCCUCCAGGUCCUAUGGGGAUUCCAGGUCCCAUGAGACCAAGGCAUCCUAUGGGGGAACAAGAUAUGCCACCUCCAUGGAAUGACAGAGGAAGAGGAAGGAGGCCACCAGGCAAACCACCCCCUCAACGACAACUAAGCAGAGAAGCACCAAAGCCGAAAAAUUCUAUAACACCAGAUAAAACAAAAAAAGAAGAGUCUAAAGCUGCUGAUGGAGAUUCUAAAGGUCCUCCUGCUAAAAAGCCUAAAAAAGAUGAUGAUGACCUGGAGGAUCUUGAUGAGGAAAAGUUGUUAAAGAGUGAUGAUGAAGGCGAAGGGGCAAAUAAUGUUGACUUGGAUGCUGUUAGUAUCCAUGGUGAUGAUGAACUGGAUGAUAUUGAUAAAGAGAUCAAAGGCUUGUCUGAAGGAGCAGCUGAUAGCAGUAAGAAGACAAAUUCAAAAGUAGAAGAAGUUAAAAAAGAGCAAGUCACACCAGUCAAAAAAGAGAUCAAGAAUGAUAGUGAUAGCGAGGAUGAAGGAAAGAAGGACAGACAGCGUUUUAAGUCUGAGCGACCAAAAGAGGCACAAUACAAGAUUGAAAAACACGAGCAAAAGAGAGACUUCAAAAAGCACGAUGACAGAAACUGGAACAGGAGAGAUGUUGGGCGUGGCCGCGGCAGAGGAGGGCCAAUGAUGGGACCUCCUCCACCUGGAAUGGUUCGGCCAGGAAUGCACCCUCCUUUUCCACCAAGAGGGCCAGAUCCUUUCAUGCAUGGCCCCAGACCUGGCAUGGGGCCAGGCCAUGGACUAGGACCAGACCAUGGUCCUGGUCCUAGACCACGCUUUCCACCUGGACCUAGUGGACCAAUUCCUGGUCACAUGCCAGGACCCCCAGAUGGGCAUGGAGCCUUUCCCCCACCAAGGCCACCACAAGGAAAGAAUAUUCACAUCAACCCACACUUCAGACCUCCCCCGGGGGGGAGAGGAAUGCCAGAGGGUCCGCCUCCCAUGCGAGGACCACACCUUGGUCCUUUAAGACCUGACAUGCCAGGACCCCAUAUGGCAGCUCCUCACCCUGGUCCCAUGCGUCCAGAGGCUACUCUCCCACCUGGCCCCACUGGAGAUUUUGGACCCCGUGGACCUCUUCCAGCCAGAGGGCCACAUAUGGGUCCAGAGCAAGGACCCAGGCCAGGCAUGGGACAUGACCCAGUACCAGCACAAAGGCCAAUGGGCCCAGGUGGACCAGGUCACAUGCAAGGUCCUGGACAGGGUCAUGGGCCAAGAUCUGGUCCAAUCCUUGAGAGUGACAUGAGGCCACCCCAUGCAAUGGGACCUGGUGCAAAUGCAUUGUCACAACCCAGGGGGGCUCCCCAAGGAGCACCAAAUAUGGUUCCACCACAUGGUCCUUUACCAGGGCGUGCCCCAACGCCAGGAAGUCUAGGCGCAGUUGCACAUGCCAGUGCACCAGGUGGACCUAGCCCCUUACCGGGGCAGCAACACCCAGCUAUGCCACCAAGGGGUCCCACACAAGGAAUGCCACCAACAGGAUUACCUCCAGGAGGCCAAGUACAUCCAGGUGCUUUACAGUCAACGAUGCGACCACCAGUAAUGAACCAACAUCCAGAGAUACCUAUGUCUGAACCAGAACGGAUUGUGAUAGGAAAUCGCGUGACAGUGUCUAAUAUGGAUGUCGCCAAUACUGCAAUACGAGGAGGAAUGCCACCACCUGGUUACAGUACAGCAGCAGCUAUGGCUGCAGCUCAAGGAGCUGGUUUAGCUGCUGCAGCAGCGGCGGCAGCAGCUGCAAGACACCAACAGUUUCCUUAUGGACAGCAGUAUCCAUAUGAUUAUACGGCCAUGUAUGGAGCCGAGUGGCAGCAGUUGAUGCAGCAGAGAGAUGCAGCUUAUGCUGCAGCAGCAUAUGGUCUUGAUAAGCACACCAAGAGUCACAAAUCAAAGAAGCAUCAUCGGCGUUAUAGUGCUGACAGUGCGGAAAGUGACUUCAGCAGUGCAUCAAGAUCAGCAUCAAGAUCAGCUUCACGUUCUUAUUCCAGGUCACCAGCAAGAUCUUGGACUCGUUCACGUUCUUUAUCACUGUCCCGGUCAAGGUCUAGGUCAUCGUCAAGGUCAAGGUCAUUCUCAAGAUCUGUCUCACCGCGUACUCCGCAACCAAGAUCUCCAGUUGUUCGCACAGCUAAACCAGGACCUCACCCGAGGAGGGUGGACAGUCGCAGGGAACGGGAGAAAGAACGGCCCGACAGGGGUCAUGAAAGAGAGAGAGACAGAGACAGAACAAGAGAGCGCCCCGACAGGAGCAGAGAUGGUUACCGGAAUCGUGAGAGGAAUGACCGCGAGAAGCCUAGGGAGAGGGAAUCACAUGAUCAAAGAGAACCUCGAGAACCGCGUCAUGACAGGCCUCGGGAGAGAGAGCGAGAGAGGGACAGAGGAGAUCGCGAGAAGGCGAAAGAAAGGGAGCGGGACAGACCAAGGGAUAGAGAGAAGCCAAAGGAAGGUCAUCGAAGAAGUCGAAGUCGAGAGCGAUCAUCGCACAGACGAGAGAGCAGGGAGGCUAGGCAUUCUGAAAAUAGUUCUUCAAAGCGGAUCGUUGUUGGACCUACUGAAAGCAAGAGCAAAACAUCUGGUUCCACUACAGACUCUAAAGCCAACCGUGUGGUCGUAACCAAGGCUUCAAGCAGUGGGAAGCCUUCAAAUCGUGUUGUGAUUGGUUCUUUGCCGGAAGCGAUAACACCAAGCAGGCUAAAGGAGCUUCUGCAGGGAAUUGGCCCUAUUCAGCAACUAAAAAUGUCCACGACAAAGCAUAAAGCACUGGUGACUUUUGAGAAGAAUGAGCAUGCCCUGGCCUGCCGACGAAAAUUUCAUAGGACUGUAGUCGAUGACAGCCAAGUUACCGUUGACUUCCUCUGAUUUUUAAAACAUUUUGCACAAGGAUUUGCACUUUGUAGUCUGCUCCCUCUUAUGUAGUGUUGUUUUCGUUGUUCUGUUGUGCUACUGUCUGUCCAUAAAGCCUGGCUUCAGAAGAAACUCUGAAAUUGAUGUAGGAUAAAUCUAAACGUAAUAAUCUCACCAGCAAAAGAGCCUGUUCUGGGAACGUUGUGAUUCUUCAUCAGAUAAAUGAUUAGUAUGCAAUUUUCUAGGAAAGUAAGCUCUAAUGAGCAUUUGCUUUGUUGAUAUACUCAUUACUUAGCACUGAAAUGACAAAGUUUAUUAAGAUAAAUAUACAGCUAUACAUGCAAGGCUCAUUAUUAGGUUAUCACAUGUGAUAGCCGGUUGCUUUUAUCUAAUUCAUUAUAGCAAAAUAUUUUCAAGAGUAGCUACUUCCCUACCUUUCUAUUGUAGCUGUAGUGAGAAGUUUUUAGCCAUCUGGCUUUAAGAAAAUUUAUCAUAGAUGGAGAGAAAAUCAAAGAUUAUAAGCAGUACAACCAAAAGGGUGCAGUCAAAAGGGGGAAUGUCUACUUUAAACAACUAUGGCAUUUUUUAGUUUCGAGUUGAGGUGUUUAAAGUUCAGCAUAUUGAGUAUGAAACUCACGAUGUACCAGAAUUGAAAGGUUUAAAAAGGAGUCUUAGAGUUUUACUGUUUUAUGUUUUAAGAUGUUUUACAGAAGAGUCUUCCAAUUUGAAACAGUUUUCUCUCUUUCCAAUAAGUUGAAAUCAUGCAAGAGUUUUACUUUCGUUCAGGAUCUGACAUGAUCAUUGUUGUCUAGAUAAUGUUGAUCAAGUGACUUUACACAAACAAGUCAUAUCGAUUCAGUUUCAAAUUGGUAUUUCUAUUUUGGAUAUAACUGAUGCCUUAGGAACUGCGAGGGAUACAAACAUUAAGUGCAGCUAGACUUGAACUUCCUGCUAAAGAAGCGUUUGGUUCAAACAGUUCCGGUGUUUUACUGAGUGGGACCUAUAAACCAUAUUGUUUAAUUUUUAAUAAAUACGGCAGGAGUAAACCUACAAAAACAGCAACUACUGCCAGCUUCUUGCUUUUAAUUAACUUUCGUAAUGGAAAUGCUUUGUUUUGAUGAAGCAAAAAGCUACCUUUCUGUGCAAACUAAUUUAGGCAUUUUUAGUUGAAUUAGUUCGGUGGUGUUUGCACUUGCGGAAAUUUUGAUUUUCUCAGCUCCAGCUAUUUGCUUUAAUUUUCAAAAUCAAACUUAAAGAUGUAACUCUUACACAGUCACACUCGCUGAAAAAUUGCUUUGAAGAGCUCGCUUUUUUCAACUAGUUGACUCUAAAGCGCUUAUUCGUUUAUAACUUUCGUUUUGCGUCGUAAUAGUUGCAAAAUUGAUCUGCUGCUCCUACAAUUUUAAUUUAAUAUAUAUAUUUAGCAACUAUUUACCGAAGUGGAGGUGGCCACUGAUAGUAAAUAUCCACCGUUAGCCACCAACACUAAGGUGAACAGUUGUUUUAGUAUAUACUUAAAAAGUGAGAUAUUAUCGCUAAAAGGUGAUUUCAACUCAUCAUUCCCUACAACGAUUAUAACAUUUUCUGGGUGCAAGUCCCGCAUACGUUCCUGGAAGUUGAAUAGAAAAGGUUAUUCGGAGUAUGAGUAGCCAAUCAGAACGCGCCUUCAACGCUAUCCACUGUUUUAGUAUGUACUAAAUAUAUAUCUGUAGCUAUACUAUCACACACUAUAUUUUUAAAGGAAAAGAGGAUUAGAUGAGUACUCGUUAUCAUUUUUUUUUUUGAAGGCACUGAAUGGUUCACAAACCGUUACUGACUAAACAGAAUACAGUACUUUAUAAUAUAAUGGAACAGUUUUGAGCGACUACUACUUCGUUGGGCUGGUUUUGAAGCUCCAAGUAUGUAUUUAAAAAUUGGCGUUAUUAAUGUGUACAGAUAAGUUGUUUGAAUUUUUUUGCCAGGCUUUAUGUUGUACGUGUUGUACCGUGUGGUUUAAUGUUUCAUCCCCUUUGGAAGAUUUUUUAUUACGUGUACAGUUUCGAGACAGAUGUGAUAGUUAAAAAAGACUAAAGUUCAAACUGUUGAAAGCCAAGUUUCAAGAGAAUACAUUUGCAUAGACGACACUAUGGCUUGAAGUGAUACAGCAAGAUGGGGCCUUGGAAAUGUGCUCUAUGUUUCUUCUGAGGAUGUGGAUAUUUAUAAUACAACCACUAAUGUUGGAUGAAAUAGACUCACCUAAGAAUUACACCGUUGGAGCCACAUGGAGAAAGCCAGGUUUUUACAAAUAUUUCAUAAGUAACUAAUUGAUUUGAUCCACGUGUUAUGUCAAGGCUGCAUGGUAGAAUGGAUCGUUACGUUUCUGUAGAAGGACAUAAAAAGAAUUAUUGAAUUAAAGAAAACAGGGAAGGUUUAUUGCCAUUAUGUACUUGAUGGUGGUACAAGUUUAAUUUAGUGUGUUGCUCUAUCAACUAUAAUAUCUCUAUUUGGUUUCUUGAACAGUUUGCUUGAAAUCCCUAUAUGUAAUUUUGAGGCGUAAACCUUCUUAUUCUUCCCAAAAGGCCAACAUGGUUUAAUAUAUUUAAGUAAUUUAAGAAAUGAAGUAACGCACCGCAGAGACAAAUAAUUAUUUUAAACAAUUAUUUCAUUAACCGUUUGAAGUAUAAAGCGAGGUACGCCUUUUGAUGUGGGCUACUGGCUUCUUUUAUUGGCAUCUUAAACCUAUUAACUUUUCCAAUGUUAUAUAAAUGAUAGUUUUAGUUGAUUCAUUUGUGGGCAUGAAAGGUUUACUUCGCUGGUGCUCUAAUUCUGUUGUUUUGGAGACCGAAUUGUUAUGUGCGUUACUGUUAUUUGCUCAAACCAUAAAAUGAUUUCGAGCAUUCUUCCAUUCCUGCUAUUCUCAUCGCUUUUACAUUGCAGCCUUGACAGUACUAUUCGUAGAAAAAUCGGUAUUGUACUCGUGGGACAGGGUUACAACAUGGGUUUUGUGUUAAUGCAUGCCUUUUCUCUGCUUGAUGUCAUUUGUUCCCAGGUUCUAUAAUGAUCGCGAUUGGGAUAAUUGCAUAUAAAUAACAGUGUUAGGACAUUCAUUUGUGGUUAUGAAAUUAACACUAAACACCGUUUCUAUAUUAUAGAUGUAGAGCAUCUUUUGUAUUUUUUUUUUUUUUUUUUAACCCGGAGCACGUUAACGUUGCACUAUUUCCUACUUGCUUUUCAAUCGCAUUUCUUUUACAGCCAUCAGUGUGUUGCUCUUAGAUGACCUAUUCAUAUUUGUUUUACUUAAGUUAUUUUGAGACUAACAUUGCUUUACUAAGGCGCUUUGCUAUGCUUUACUUUGUCUCUAAAGCGUCUGGUAGCUACUUCGAGCUAAAAAAAAAAAACUCAUUUUUGUACUUGGAAAGAAGAAAGGUCAGAAACCAUUCUGUAGGUUACAACUCUCUUCAUGUAGAUAGGAAGGAGGUGUAACCUUUGUAUAUAUCUCUUUAUUCUCUGGGUCUCUUAAAUGAGUCAUUGAUAAUGAUGGUAGACUAUUAUCAGUUGGGUGUGAAAACCAUAGCGAUCAUAGAUAAUAAUUAAGAUUUAAACAAGCUUUUUUAUAACUGUUGGUGAUUACUUUUUUAAAAAAAUGCCCCCUUCUUACUCUUUUUAACCCUCGUGAUGUUUUGUAAAUUGUUUCUCAUUUUUUACUGGUCAAUUUCCUACUUAAGGCUAAAGGGAUUUGUGUAUUUUUCCUUGAAAAGGAAAUUGAAAAUAUAAAUGUAUGUAUAGAGAGUUUUUUGGACGGGGGCUGGGGAAAGGAGAGGAGAGGAGGGGAGGGGAGGGAUGAUUUGACACUCAAAGUGUCAUGAGUAAUAAUCCUGAAAGGUUUGUAUGAUGCACGAUCCUCGCAGUAGAUAGCGCUAUUUAAGCAAUCGCGAAAAUCAGACCUGAAAAAAAAAAAAAUCAAACCUGAAAGGUUUGUUGUGCAGUUACGAAAGCGAAAUGGUGAUUCUUCUUGUACUUCUCUAAUUGAUCCUGUUAUAACUCAAAUUUGAGUGUAAGUCGAGGUCACCUUUCAGGUUUGUUACUUGUGCGUCUUCUUUUUCUAUUAAAUGUAUGUAUGUGGUUUUCUUUUUUUAUUCAUCCUUCUUUCAUGUUCAGUAGUCAAUGACUAGUGACACCCCAACACUUUACCAGGAUCUUUAAUUAACGGUGCCUUUCUAUGAAAUUAAGUAUUAUGAUAAUUUCAGUGACUGAAAAUGCCAUAUCUCCCUUAAAACCGUAAUGAUGGAUAAGCAUGUAUUAUCAAUAAUAGUUCUUUUGUGACAAUUAUUAUUGAUAUAUUUUUCCCUUAACGUGCAAUUAUGCCCCCUUUCCAGUUAAACACUUUUAGCAGUUAGGUGAAAUAGAAAUUUUCCAAAUGGAACAGUUUCAACGGUUUUCUACAUCUCAUUGUUAAGAUGUACUCACAAUCUUGCACGCACGUUUUAGAAAUUUUAUACCAACUAAUAUUUUCAUAUUUGUGUAACAGAGGUAUUUUUUAAUUUAUAGUCCCUACUUAUUUAGCAUAUUUGAUAUAACUAGAAGGCAUUUAAAUGAUAAUUAUAAACACGGUAGGGAAAAAUUUGUCAAUGCGGGUAAAGAAUAUUGAUAACAUAAUUUUUUGUUACAGUCUCGGAGUACUUGCUGCACGAAAACGUUCGUGCCCUGAGACUUCAAUAAUGGUGUUGAAACCACUAUUUCUUUGGGUUAGGGUAACUCCUUUGCCAUAUUAUGGAAAAAUUAGCCCAUAUUUCAUGUUAAACAUGAAUAUUUGCUUUGACUGAAUUUUGGAAAAUAUUUUUAGGGAAUCCGUUUCAUUGCACAGCAUUACACAUUAGAUAUUUUACAUGGUCAAAAGAGUUCCUUGCGCACAUCCGUGGUAUUAAUGAACACUUUGACUCGACAGGAAUUAUUUUAUUUGGGCCCUCUCAAAACUUGUUGUCUAUAAUAUAGGCGUAAUAUCGUUUGUCUGUAUCAGACAGCUUGUAAAAGAAACGCCAUUAUUUUACAAUGAAAGGUCUUAUUAACGGACAAUUUAAGCGUGCAAUUACACUUGAGUGUUACUUUGCAGGCACAAGGACCUGUUAAUGAGUUUCUGAGUCGAAUGAUGGAAACAUAUCUUCAACAAUAUUUGAUGCUAUAUAUUGAUACAUAUUGAUAAUAUGCGGGGAAGACUGAACCUAUUAAUUGUUAUUAUUGCUAUUUGUUUUUUAAUGUGACCUGAGCAUGACAUGAAAAAUGUCGAAAGAUGGUUUGCAAAUUUUAAAAUGUUUUCUGCUUUUUAAGGUUAUUGUUUUAUUUGGUUGUAUAUUACCUCUGUGUUUUUAAUUAUUAAUAUUUUGAUUAUUUCUUAAUAUAGGCAGUACUCACGGAAUAAGACAUUACACAUUUCCUUGAUUCGUGGUACCACUUGAUCCAUAAGGGGGGGGAGGGGGGGAUAUUUACUAAUGUACUUGCUUUUCAGGUACGAACCAUUACGUUCGGUUCGUAUUUUCUGAAACAAAACUACUUUAACCAACCAAAUGUGUCUUUCACCAGACACUUGUACCAAUGUUCGAGUCGGACUUAAAAUUUAUAAAUGCUAUGUUCUGGGCGGUUAUUUAAUCGUCAUUUUGUCACUUCUACCAUUGCAUUCUUUUUAAGAUAAGAUAGUGGAUAUAUAGAGUGCCUGUUUUCCUUGAAUUCAACUUAGGUGUUGGAUUAACGUGAAAUCUAUGUGCUAACCUAAAUUUCUCUUUGGUGUAUAAUUCAAAAGGUAUCUCUAAUAUUUUUGUAACUUUGAAAAAGCUCUGCUCCAACAUUCCAACUCUGGUUGCAACUCGUUCUGGGACACUUUUUUCUUAUGUGCGUUGGCUAUAGAAGAUAUUUUAGCAACAAAAGAAUGUAUUCAAGUAGAGUUUUUAAAUUUACGCGCAGAUUUAGCUGUUUAGAAGUAUUGCGUAUCUUAACUUUCCCAGAAAGUGAAUGAGGUAUAUUUUGAGAUGCGCAUAAAUGAUUGCAUAUUAAUUAAAACUUAACAUGUUCAUGCAAA